ACACCCAUGCUCGCCUCCUACCCCUUUCAAGACCUGAAACACCAAGCGUGCGAGGACGGGCACCGUCUCGUUGCUUCAAGCCUCCCAGCUUCAUCUGUUUCUGCUCUAGACUCAUGGUAGGUGGAGUCUCAGAUUCGUAGCGUUUUCAUUGCGUUUCCGCUGGUUCGGUCAGGCCAUUCUUCAUUUUCGCCCUAUCUCAUUCGUAAUUCUAUUCUUCGUGUUCUGCGCUUGGCUUCGCACUUUUCUCCCAUUUCGGCAUCGUCCGACUAAAGCGAUAGUUUCUCUUCUAAGUAGUCUUUUGAUAGCCUGGCGCUUGCGUCUAUUCUUCCAAUUCUCCUUGUGCUAUGCAUAUUAUUCACUCUUAGAACUUUUUUCUUAAUUCGUACUUUCGUUUCUCCUUUUACUUUAUUCAAUUCUUUCGACUUCAGGUCGAGGCGUAGGUGCUGUCGCGCUGCCCAAAGUCGAUUGAACUUUCGACAUUCCGUUCUUUUGCUAGUCUUCGCCGCCCACGACAGCCUUUACUUUACGAAAGACGCCGGCCGUCGAUAACUAUUUAAACAACGAUUUAACGUACCGGAGGAGUAGAAGGAGAAGAAGAAAAAACAACCUACCGAUUAAGAGGCAGGAAGAUUUGCCGUGUGCUUUACGAUCAGCAAUCUCGAGAAUAAUCGCCGACUUAAUAUAUCAAAAUGGUGAACAAAGUGCUUGGGGCUUUCAUAGCCACAGAUGGGCUAUUCGUCUCGAUGGGUGCUAUUAUGCUGGGUUUCUCUAUCAUCGUCCAACAAACGUGUUUCGAUCCGCCGAACGAUGGAAACGAAGCGGCUCGCGAUCUUCUAUACCAACGAUUCCCCUUCACAGCGGGAAUUGUCAACGCCGUUUUCAUAUUCGCUACCUUCUUAGCUACGAUUCCAGCGCUAGCGACGAAUAACAGGAGCUGGUUAAAACUAGCCGGAUACAUGGUUGUGGUGGAUGCCAUCUUCACCAUGGCUAUCGGUGUGGACUUAUGGAUUAUCACUUUAACGAUGAAGAACGAAUUCUUGCAAAUUUGGACUUCGCAACCGCCUCAUGUCCAAGACUUAAUGCAGACGGCCUUCAGCUGCUGUGGCUACUUCAAUAGCAGCUCCCCUGCUUUCGUCACCGAUUCGACCUGUCCCAGUCCCGCCGCUGCCGCCCUCAUGCGAGGUUGUUCCGCGCCUUUGACGUCGUUCGGAAACACAUUUGUAGACAACAUCUUUACGGCCGUGUUUGGUAUGGUUGGCAUCGACGCCGUCUUGAUUAUGGCUAUUGCCUGUGUGCUUAAGGACCGAAAGGAGCGCGAACGAUACCGUCACAUCGAUGAAAAGACUGGUGCUCGAAGCACCUUCUAGAUCAGCAGGACGGUCCCUAUCUUCCGCUACGCCGUGUCCCGCGCCAUGGAUUGGUUAAUGUGUAUACUACACCACGGUCACAUAGCAAUUUAAUCUAUCAAAGAUGGAGAUGCGGUCAACUGAUUCGUUGACAUACAUCCACGAGAUCAUGCCGAAUAGGAAAAAAACUUCAGAUUCUAGUAAUCCAUCCUAAACUUGGAUUUAACCGAAAAAAAAAAAACAACCCAAAUCAACACCUAUGACGAUCUGCUGGAUUAAUUAGGCACUCCCUCACUGUGAUGUAGGAUGACUGUUAAUGUGGUGUUGUACACGAGGAUUCCUUCGUUUUUAUUUGAUUUUAAGCGUUUUCUGCAUUUUUAUAUAUAUGUUCAUGAUAGAGUUGUUAUAUUUGGGUCAAGAAAACACAAUAUCCAUUCUUCUUA